AGGGACGAGAGAGAGUGAUACUAGAGAGAGAAAGGGGGGAACACUAGAGAGGGAAAGGGAGGAACAUUAGAGAAAACAGGACAGUGAAGUGAGUCCUGUGUUGAGGCGAGGCGGGAAGGGAGAGAGCAGAAAGAAAAGAGAGAGAGAGAAAAGAGAUAGAAAGGGAAAGGAGAGAGGGAGGGACAGAAGGUGAGAGACGACAGGAAGUUUCAGAUCUAACCGACGACGAGUUCAUCGCUGUGUGAGGCGCAGACGAGGGGCGGUGUUGCCGAAGACGCCGGGCGGACUCGCGGACCCGACGGUGGAGGGGGCGGGGAUGCACCCCGCGGCCGGCAAGCCCCCGGGACAGCGGCGCCGCAAACCAGGCCGGCGGAAAACCAAACUGCCGGGUCACUGGACCCCCAAGGGCCCCGCCACGGGACCCACCACGGGGCCACAGGCCCCUCAGCCUGCCAAGGGCCUGGAGCCCAUCAAAAUCCCCCGGAAGAGGGGCCCCAAACCAGGCAGCAAGCUGAGCUGGGCGAAGCGGACGGCCUGGUUGGAGGGUGCCAUUUCGGGACCGGGGCGUCCCGUCACCAGGCCUCGAGGGCGUCUCCCGGCAAACUGGGCGCAGAGGGCGGGGGUACAGCCCGCGCCGGGGGAGCCCAUCAAAAUCCCAAAGAAGAGAGGGCCCAAACCGGGCAGCAAGAGAAAACCACGAGUGGUGCCCAACCCUGUGCCCACGUCCCCCACGAGCAGCACCCCCGAACCCGACACCAGCACUGUGCCCCUGGACAACGCCACCAUCCCCAGCGCCGCCCUGCAGGCCCCCACAGUGUGUGUGUACCUGAAUAAGUACUGCAAGGUGGGGCCACACCUGGACCCUCGGCGGCUGCAGCAGUUGCCGGACCACUUUGGGCCGGGCCGGGCGUGUUCAGUGCUGCAGCAGUGUGUUCAGGCGUGCGUGGAUUGUGCGCACAACCAGAGCACCGUCUUCUCCUGCCUCAAACCCGGGCAUGGGGGCGAGGUCAUCUCAGCCUACUUCGACCAGCAACAUCACACGCUCACCUUGCCCGCGGUGAACAGUGUCACCUACGUACUGCGCUUCCUGGAGAAGCUCUGUCACAACCUGCGCAGCGACAACCUGUUCGGCAGCCAGCCCGUCCCCCUGCGCGGCCUGCACUACGACGGACACGCCUACUCAGACAGGAGAGGUUUUGGGGAGGCCCUGUCGGCUGGUCCUGGGAGGGGAACCAAGAGGUACCUGCAGGAGUCCUACAGCGCCCCCCUCCCCCUCAAACUGGCCAAAACCCCGCGCCACUCCACAGAAGGUGAGCCCUUCCUAUUGGAGAACGGGGUUGGGGGCGGGGCGGAGCACUUGGACCCCUCCUCGUUGAACCCUGGGUCAGUGGGUCGUCCUCUGGCGCUCCGCUCCCUGUCCCAGACCAGCAGCCCCCCCACCAAGCUGCUACGCCUUGGCUCCGCAGGGUCCGAGCGGUUCCUGCCGUCCCGGGACAGUUCUCGGGCCGGCUCCCAGGACCCCAGCCUCUGGACGGUGGAGGAGGUCAUGCAGUUCAUCCGGGACAUCGACCCCCAGCUGGGCCCCCACGCCGACCUCUUCCGGAAGCACGAGAUUGACGGGAAGGCCCUGCUGUUGCUCCGCAGCGACAUGAUGAUGAAGUACAUGGGCCUGAAGCUAGGCCCCGCCCUCAAACUCACCUUCCACAUCGACAGACUGAAACAGGGGGGGCGCCCGUGAGAGGGCCGCCACCCCACCCCCACACCCCCCCCCCACGGACUCUCACACAGGACAUGACGCACAUCUCCUGGGCAACCACUGCCCAGCAGUAGUCUGUAGCAUCUAUAGCCAUGAUUUGGGGUCAGAGGUCACACUGCCAGUUCCCCCUCCCCUCCCC